CCUGAACUCGCUCCUUCACUGAGACUCUGUCUGCGUCCGCAUCUGAUCUGAGCCAAAUCAAUCCAAGCCCAUCCCGAGGAUUCCAUGCUUCACAAGCCCCCAGCCAUGAGCACUGUCUCAUCAUCUCAUCGACCUUCCCAUCCUCCUCUCCAUCUCUUCCUUUCCUACCACCACCUUCACCCAUCAUGACACUUCACCACCACUCUCACUCCUAAUCGUCAAAUUCACCACCAAAGAGAUUUGCUCAGGCUGGCCAUAAUAAUUACCUCAAACUCCACAAACGAAAAUAAUUUCAACCGCCUGUCACGAGCGACGGGUGAACCAUCCUAGAGGUCCCUUGCCGCUCACCUCUACCACAGUUCCCUGCUAUCUCGCCGUCCACCCACCUCGACACCCCAAUUCCUCACAAUCACAAUGACCAUCUCAUCGUCGGGUACACCUGGUCGCUCACCGUCAGUCCGGCCUGACAAGGGCAAGAAGCAGGGUAAAAUAGUGGUACUCAAGCUGUCGCCCCAAUCGCUACGUCGCUUCGAGGAGCCUGCCACAAAGAUAGAAGAACCAUCAGCCACGUCGUCGGCUUCCUCCCCUGCCCCUGCGGUCGAAGAUCAACCCGCCGUCAAGGCACCUGACAGCCAUGAUAAUGCAUCGGAAUCUAAUUCGACGCCGGCACCAAAUAGUGACGCACCCAACGGCGAUGGCUCCAAGAAGCGAAAAAAUCCUGGGGCAGGUAACAAGAGAAGCCUGGGACAAAUGGCGUCGGAGUCCAAUGGCACAAGCAAGCAACGAGGCAAACCAGGUCCGAAGAAAAAACAAAAAAUGGAGGACGGUGCCAUCGAUGCUGGCUCUAACAGACCAUCAUUGCCUGCCAUGCCUGGAGGGCACCGGUUAGGACCAAAAGCAAAUCAGGGGGCUAUUAAUGCAGGCCUUCGAGCCUUGGAUCGUUCAGGAAAGCCAUGCCGCAAAUGGAACAAGAAGCCAUUUACCCUCAAAAGCUUCACCGGCAUCGUGUGGGAAGUACCUUCCUGGAAGGGCAACGAGAGGCUGCCUGUGCUCAAUGGCGAAGAAUCUAGUGAUGCCAAGGAGAUAUCCCAACAGAGCAGCAGUGAUAUGAAACCCAACGGAAGCGACGCUGCCAUGGACAGCAACGCUGGCGAACAUCCUGAUCCCAUGGUCUUGUCUACCCCAGCAGCCAGUUCCCCAGCCCCGAUGCCACCACCGCCAGCAACGGUCGCCGCCCAGGGUUAACCAAAAGUUUUGACGGCCUACAAUAGCACAUGCAAGUUAAGAGCUCUCUAGACGAGAUCCACCUGGCAGAAGCGAAUAUUCUCGACUUCCAACAGUGGUAGAGCGACCACGAAGAUUUCUCUUUCAUCGAUCCAAACGCAGGAGACCUCGAUCUCUGCAGGUUUCCAGUCAAGAGCGUUCCUGCCCGCGGAACAAAUUGAAAUUUUUCUCUUCGACAAGACUCAGGUUUAUCGGCCAACCCAGGCCCACGAUCUAGUUCAUUGCUUCAUUGCUUUUCAUGGCCGACUAUGAUACCAGGAUUAUGCAUCGGAUAUCGAGAAAGGGAAAACAUUCCGGUGGUACCUUUCCCCAGUAUUAUUGACGUUAUCCUUUCAGCACGGCGUUAGGGUUCGAAUUUCUAUGUGGCUACUUGGGAUACGGCUGGCGCGUGGGAGACAGACUCACUAGUCUAGCGAGAAUCUGUACCAGGUCGCAUGGUGGAAAAGACUGUAUUUCAUGGUGAUGCCUAGACACAUGGCUGACGAGAGCCGGUCUCCUCUGCCCAAUGGCUCUAGACAUUCAGACGUUUUGUAUAAAUAGAAGCAGCAGGAAAAUGCCACGCCACGCAGUAGAGCAUCCUGGCAUUGCAAAUCAGCGCCUUUUAUGUAAUUGUGCAUACUUCUCU